UCUUUGGCAGAAGGUCGUAUUAAAGUACCUCAAUGACACUGCCACAUGUUAUUCCCUACAACUACCACAAUCCUUUGCGGCGGUUCGCUCAGCCCCCUCGCUUCCGGUUGUGUGUGGAGCUCUCGGUUCGGUAAAACAGCCGUGCGUGUAUCGCCGCGAUGUCAGUUCAGGUGGUAGCAGCGAAAAUGGCCGAGGUCGAGCUUAAAGACGUCCCCAAGAAAGACCUGCCCGUCGUCUCAGCUGUUCUCCCGAAGAAGGAGGAGAAAGGCUCGUUCGUAACCAGCGAGGCGAACGUUCCCCUCACAUCUCCCGGCUCGGAGCCCGGAGUCAGGAGCGACCCCAGUCCUGUGAGCCCGAACCUCGUCAAGAUGCCUCAGGCGUCCGCCAUGAAGCGGCCGGACCCGCAACAAAACGGCGGCGAGGCGUUCAUCAACAGCGACGGCACAGUCGCCGAGGCUCCGCGCAUGAAAAAGAUCCAGUUUGCAGACCAGAAGCAGGAGUUUAACAAACGGCCCACCAAGAUCGGACGCCGCUCUCUGUCUCGCUCCAUCUCUCAGUCGUCUACAGACAGCUACAGCUCAGCUGCCUCCUACACUGAUAGCUCAGAUGAUGAGACAUCACCUCGAGACAAGCAGCAGAAGAACUCCAAAGGCAAUGGAGAUUUCUGCAUCAAAAACAUCAAGCAGGCCGAGUUUGGUCGCAGAGAGAUCGAAAUUGCUGAGCAAGAGAUGCCUGCUCUCAUGGCUCUGAGGAAAAGAGCUCAGGGAGAAAAGCCCCUGGCUGGAGCUAAAGUCGUGGGCUGCACUCACAUCACUGCUCAGACUGCUGUGCUGAUGGAGACUCUGUCUGCAUUGGGUGCUCAGUGCAGAUGGGCUGCCUGUAACAUCUAUUCCACCCAGAAUGAGGUGGCAGCUGCCCUGGCUGAAGGAGGCUUCUCUGUGUUUGCCUGGAAAGGUGAGUCUGAGGAUGAUUUCUGGUGGUGCAUCGAUCGCUGUGUGAACGUUGAGGGUUGGCAACCCAACAUGAUUCUGGAUGAUGGUGGAGAUCUGACACACUGGAUCUAUAAGAAAUACCCCAACAUGUUCAAGAAGAUCAAAGGCAUUGUCGAGGAAAGUGUGACUGGAGUUCACAGGCUGUACCAACUGUCAAAGGCUGGCAAAUUGUGUGUACCUGCUAUGAAUGUCAAUGACUCUGUCACCAAGCAAAAAUUUGACAACCUCUACUGCUGCCGUGAGUCCAUUCUGGAUGGUCUAAAGAGGACCACAGAUGUGAUGUUUGGAGGUAAACAAGUGGUGGUGUGUGGUUACGGAGAGGUUGGAAAGGGCUGCUGUGCUGCUUUGAAGGCAAUGGGCGCCGUUGUGUAUGUCACAGAAAUCGACCCCAUUUGUGCUUUGCAGGCCUGCAUGGAUGGCUUCAAACUGGUCAAACUGAAUGAGGUUAUCAGACAAGUGGACAUUGUUAUCACCUGCACAGGGAACAAGAACGUGGUGGUGAGAGAAAACCUGGACCGUAUGAAGAACGGCUGCAUCGUCUGCAACAUGGGCCACUCCAACACUGAGAUCGAUGUGGCCAGUCUGAGGACCCCUGAGCUGACCUGGGAGCGUGUGAGAUCACAGGUGGACCAUGUGAUUUGGCCUGAUGGCAAGAGAAUAGUGUUACUGGCAGAGGGUCGUCUUCUCAACCUAAGCUGUUCUACUGUACCCACAUUCGUCCUGUCAAUCACAGCUACAACCCAGGCUCUGGCUCUGAUAGAGCUGUACAAUGCUCCAGAGGGCCGCUACAAACAGGAUGUUUACCUGCUGCCCAAAAAGAUGGAUGAGUAUGUGGCCAGUCUUCACCUGCCCACGUUUGAUGCCCACCUCACUGAACUGAGUGAUGAGCAGGCCAAGUAUCUCGGCCUAAACAAAAACGGACCCUUCAAGCCAAAUUACUACAGGUAUUAAAGCACCUCGCCAAUGGAAAAUCGAGAUUAAAAAACAGCCAGACUCAUCAAUCCAGGGGAAGCUGGGGUUCAAGCCUCACUUUCGGGGAGGGGGGGUUCUGAUUUGCUGGAGCCUUGGGCAUGACUUGCAAUGACAGCAGCAGUUUUUAUUUAUUUUCUGCUACAAAUAGCACAACUCUAAUUCUUUUAUGAGCUGCUACUGCUAGUGGCCCAUCAUCUAGCAUAAUGUUUAUUAAGAUUUCAUCCUUUUAUUCUCUUUCGAUUCAUGUGUUAGGUGUAUGUAAUCCAUUUAGAGAUUCUUUUGUUUAAUGUUGGCUAAGCUGAUUUGACAAAGCUAAAAAAUACCAUUUUUGACCUUCAAUGAUUGUUGGACAUGCCAUUUGUCCUGUCGUCUUUACUUUCUACUUCUUGUGGGUUGGGAUAUGGUUAUGGCUGCGUCCAAGGGACCCAAUUAUAGAUUAACAUACAUUUUCAUUUCAUCUUUGAAAAGUUCCUUUUUUUUUUUUUUUUUUAAAGCAAUUGAUUUUUACUAAAAUUUUAGUCUUUGCCAUUCUUAAUCGUAACAAGAUAGUCCAAUUUUAACUGCAUACUGAUAAAUGUUGGGGCAGAGCCUCUUUACCCCACGGUCAUCACACCUGUGGGCAUUUUAUUUCAGUGGCCAGAUUCAGUGUGUCUCCCAAAGAGGUUUUGCAGUUUUGGUAUUGAAAUGAAGCCAGUAUUAAGUUUUAAAAUAUUCCCUCUAUCGAUCAUCUGAUUUUCUUACCACAUUGUUAUUGCAAAUGCUUUCAGGCUGUAUGAUCCUUCACAGGGGUGUAUAUUUAAAUAUUUAUACAGAAAACUACGAUUUUUCUAUCUUCUACUUUCUGUUUCUGUUCCCAUGAAAUCAUCCUGUAUUAAUAUAGAGAUAAGCAAAUUAAAUGUUCUAUCACAUUUUAGUGUAAUGUUAAAUGUACUGAAGCGUUCAAUUUAUAUACUGUGAAGUAAAGAUUCUUUUGAUGAAAUACCAAAUGUAUAGUCAGGCCGGUACAAAGUUCCACAGUUCCACAGACAAGCCUGUAAGGAUUUGUGUAAAAUGGGAGGGAUUGGGUGAAAGCAAGAGUGACUUCCGUGCACAUUUCAGUGUUUUAAGGGGUGUUUGGAACAAAACUGCCUUGACUUAAUGGCUUACUAUAACGGGACAAACUCCGUCCCUUAAUUUCACUGCACUUUUAAUAUGACAGGUGACCCUUCAUCCUUGAUCAACUCUGUAUUGCUUUUUAUAAAAGGAGUAAUUGCUUCUUAGUACUCUACAAAGCUGUGCUUCCUGUGCCACUUUCUUCAUUUACUGCAGAGCAAAAUAGUUUAUCGAGACCAACAAUAUACAAGUCUUAGAUUUUAGUGUUAAAAUGUCAAAUCCACACAUCUCUACUAUUCAAAUAGCUGGUUUUAUUCUCACUCUAACAGUGUUAAGCAGGUCUCACGUCACUUGUUCUCCUGAGGUGUUGCCAAGCGCCGCAUUACUACACUGCAACACCUACAACUUCACUAAAUCCCUCAGAAGUCACUCUAAUGUAGUAUUUUAUGCCCCUAAUAUUCUUCGUGUUGGAUUUAUGUACCGAAGCCCUAUACAUACCUAUACUGUAUCAUCAUGUUCGAGUUAAUGGCCCAACCGUCUGUCAGUUUCUCCAUCUGUCUGUGUUUAUGCGACAACACUUGUUCUGACCUUAAUGUGUCUUUUUACCUUUUCAUUUAAUUUCUGUAAAAAAUUUACUGCCUGUGUGUGGGUGUGCAAACAAUUGCAUGUGUUUGAGGGGGCUUGUGAGUGGUUUUUUUGUUUGUUUUUGUUUUUGUUUCUUUGUUUUGUUUUGUUUUCUCCCAAGGUCAGUUUUGUCGCAGUGUUGCUGUUGACUCAGGAUCCAAGCCUCUGUAAGGCUGACAUGAUGAGUGGUUCCUUCAGCAGCAUGUGCAGCGAGUUAACACCAGCAUCUCGUAUAGAAACGAGCUUAGUAGGAACUAAAUCAGAUCCACUCCUGUAUUUAUUGUAUUCAGUACAAAUAAGAGAAUCUUUAAUGUUACUUUGUUAAAACAAUGUUGAAAUAUUUCAAAUUGAUGGUAGAUGAGCAAUAAUCAAUAUGUAUCCUGAAAGAAUAAAAUAAAAGUCAUAAAAAAUGGA